ACUGUUCAGAGUUCGUAGACUUUCGCAGCUGAUUCGCAAGUCAGCAGAGGACAGAACAAGGAUUUCAGAUCUAGUUGGACAAUGUACAGGAAAGUAACGGAGCAACAGGGAUUUAGAAGUAUCUACAUUUUUCAUCAAGAAUAGAGCGGACGGAGAGUCCUCCAAACUCAAGAUUGGAUCCACAGGCCAUGCCAGAGGGCUCCUCCUCCACCAUCUCUCUGGCCCCCAUGGGAGAAGAAUCACCUCAGCCAUGCCCGCCCCUCCCUCUCAGGGACCAUGAGCAGGAGUCGAGGGCCUUCUCAGGGUCCUACAGCCGGCUGUGUUCGGAGCUGUCAGAGGGCCAGGCCGAGCGUCCAGUGAGCCUGGUGUCCACACUGUCGUCCUGCUCAUCCAGGGACAGCCACGGCCUGUACGACAGCACCGGCCCCCUGCUGUCCUCCUCUCUCCUGCCCCCGGCCAGCCAGGACGUCAAUCUGGAGCUGAGCCCACCAGAGGGGGCCAGGGAGCCUACCAGCCCCAGGGCAGAGUGGCAGGACCGCUGUCCAACCAGGACCCAGACAAACAACAAGGUGGCCAAUAGGAAGGCCGCCGCACCCCAGACUCCGCCCUCACCCUCAGUCAAGGAAACCAUGGCACCCAACACCAAGCUCACCUACGUGGACCGCGUCGUCAUGGAGAUCAUCGAGACCGAGCGCACGUAUGUCCGGGACCUGCGCAGCAUCGUGGAGGACUACCUCGCUCACAUCAUCGAUGUUGGCACUCUGCCCAUCCGACCAGAGCAGGUGUGCGCCCUGUUUGGAAACAUCCAGGAUAUCUAUGAGUUUAACAGUGAGCUGCUACAGUAUCUGGACAUGUGUGAGAACGACCCUGUGGCUGUGGCCAGGUGCUUCGUAGACAAGAGCGAGUACUUUGACAUCUACACACAGUACUGCACUAACUACCCCAACUCAGUGGCAGCUCUGACAGAGUGCAUGAGGAGCAAGACUCUGGCCAAGUUCUUCAGGGACAGACAGGCGUGUCUGAAUCUGUCUCUCCCGCUGGGUUCAUACCUCCUUAAACCUGUCCAGCGGAUCCUCAAGUAUCACUUGCUGCUGCAGGAGAUCGCCAAGCACUCUGACCCAGAGGAGGACGGCUGCGAGGUGGUCCAGGAUGCCAUCGACACCAUGACGGGCGUGGCCUGGUACAUCAACGACAUGAAGAGGAAACACGAGCAUGCCGUCAGGCUGCAGGAGAUCCAGUCCCUGCUGAUUAACUGGAAGGGUCCUGACCUCACCACGUACGGGGAGCUGGUGCUGGAGGGGAGCUUCCACGUCCACCGGGCCAAGAACACACGGACCCUCUUCCUGUUCCACAAGAUGCUCCUCAUCACCAAGAAGAGGGGCGAGCACUACGUCUACAAGAACCACAUCUCAUGCUCCACCCUGAUGCUGCUGGACAGUGCCAAGGACCCUCUUCUGUUCAGCGUCAUCCACUUCAAGUACCCCAAACAGCCCCACACCGUGCAGGCCAAGACGGUGGAGGAGAAGCGUGUUUGGGCUCAUCAUAUCAAGAGGCUCAUCUUGGAGAACCACCACACCAUUGUUCCUCAGAAGGCGAAAGAGGCCAUCCUGGAAAUUGACUCAAUUUCUCCGUGGAAGAGCCGCUACAGUCCUGAGGGACUGAAGAAGGCUGUCUCCUGCCACCCUCAAGAGCUACCCUCUGGAGCCCGGCCCGGACGCAGGAGAUCAGAACCUUCCAAACAGCUUAAAAGGACAACGAAAGCCAUUUUGAAGCACUCAGACAGCACAGGUGAUCUCCUGGGGGGCAGGCUCUCCCUGCAGCCCACUGCUGCUGUCACAGCCCUGGGCAGCAGCCCAGGCGAGGCUGAGGAUGAGAGGCCUAGUGGGAAGGAAGACACAAAGGAACCAGGCCUGGAGGGGGGGGACUCUGAGAAUAGGAGUCCCUCUGGCAUAGACCCCAGAGCAAGCAACUUGCCCUGUGAGAGGGGUCUGGAGAGGGAGCAGGAGGAUGAGAGGGAGCAGGAGGAUGUUCUUCUGGAGGAUGACCAGGUAGCUGACUUUGCGAGCUCCAUGCUGGCAGCGAUCUCCUGCUGGCACUUUAGAGCCAGGGCUUUGCUUUCCACUCACUUCACAACGGUGUCUGAAGAAGCUCCGCCCCUUCGCAGCCUCGCUCAGCAGGCCGAGCGUGGAGGACAGGGUAGCAAGGUCACGUCUCAACGCUCCACCCCGGCUGCCUCUCCUCCCCUGCCUCUGAGGCAGCCUGAAGCUGAACCCCCAGAGAGUCAGGAGGCAUCUAGAGAGGACGAGGAAGAGGAGAGCGACUCUUCAGCUCUCCAGCUGGACACCAGCAACAGCAGCACCGUGACGAUCGGAGAGCUCUCAGAGGAGGAGGGAGCCGGGAUGGGACGCAUCCGGCCCUCCUGUGUGGACCAGGCCAGCUCCGCACGCUGUCCCAGCAGCCCCUCCUGUGUGGACCAGGCCAGCUCCGAACACUGUCCCAGCAGCCCCUCCUGUGUGGACCAGGCCAGCUCCGCACACUGUCCCAGCAGCCCCUCCUGUGUGGACCAGGCCAGCUCCGCACACUGUCCCAGCAGCCCCUCCAGCUCCAGCCUGGUCCCCGAGGACCUCAUCUCCCCAGCCUGCCCCUCACCCCCGCUGGGCAGCAGCAGUGUCCCCUCCCUCAGCACAGACCUCCAUGAGAAGUCUGGACCUGGCCUGACGCCAGCUCCUGGAAGGACCCCUGUUGCCCCGCCGGAGGUGGAACGGCGCUCCACUCUCUCCAAACAGGACCGGCUGCUCAUCCACAAGAUCAGGAGGUACUACGAACACGCCGAGCACGAGGACGCCAGCUUCAGCAUCAAGCGCAGGGAGAGUCUGUCCUACAUCCCCCGGGGCCUGGUGAGACACCUGAGCAGCCAGCUGGACAGCCCCCAGGACGCCCUGCUCCCGCAGAGGAACGCCUCCACUCACACCCGGCCCACAUCCUGGGCUGUGUUUGACCUGCCGGGCCUGGAGCCAGACAGCAUGCACGGCUCUCAGAACAUCAGCCGUGCUCCUCCUGGUGUGGAGGAGUUCAGGCCGGCCUCUGAGAUGCUCCAUGUGUGGCAAGACAUGGAGCUGGAGGAGAAGGGGACGGAGGGUGGGAAGGGCCGGCAGACUGAGGAGACCCUGUCCCCUCCUGGUCCCCACCGGCUCCAGAGGAACAACCAGGAGGAACCUCUGAGUAUCCUGGAGGAAUCGGACGGAGGCUCAGUCUCAGAGGAGGCCUCCUCUCCGUCCAUCACACCCUCCCCAGCCAGGGAGGACCGCCCUGGGCUCGACCCGUGCCCAGGCAGGCCCCCCUGGACCAGGGAGAGGGUGAGGCUGGCCCGGGCUCCUCUGCCCAGGAUCAUCAGCCUCCGGUCGGGCGUGGAAGAGGACAUGAUCCUGCAAGACAUGGAGAAGAUGAAGAACAAGGUGUUCAAGCUGGCUCGACAGUACAGCCAGCGCAUCAAGAACAACAGGCCAGUGGUGAGGCAGAGGAACAGGGAGGUGGAGAGCAUGGGCUCCUCCAAAAACCUGUCUGCCGUCUACGAGGAGAAGGACCAAAACAGAGACAGGGGUAAACCUAAGCUGAUGCUGUCACUGACCUGCUAUGACCAGGUCAUCAUCCAGGAGCUUCCUUCUCCCAGCCCAUCCCAGUCCCUCAGUUUCGGUGCUAGCUCUCGUGUCACGUCCCCCUGCCCACCCCUAACCACCAGCCCCCAGACCCCAGCGCAGGCCUUCCACUGGCCUGACAUCAGCGAGCUGCGCUCCCUCUACACCCCCACCUCCAGGCUGGGUCCUGGGGCUGGGCCCCCCUCCCCGGUCACCCGAAGCUGCCUGGCUCCAGAGGACGCGCUGGGGAGCUGCAGCGAUGGGUUCAGGUCCUCCUGGGGAUCCACUGACUGCUCUGAGAGCUGUGAAGGCUCCACAGAUUCCCUCAGAGGGACGUCCGACUGGCCAGGCACCAGGCUGGACAUGGCCUGUGAGGGGGGGAGUCCUGUCGGGGGACAACAGCCCCAGGACCAGCCUCAACUUUGCAGGUGGAGCUCUGUGGACUCCAAGCCACUCCAUGAGAUGCAGAAUCUUCCGGACCCCAUGAGAAGCUGUUAUGUAGCUGGCAAUCUCAUCCUUCCCAACGAACACAAGGUGAUCAUAGUGGAGAGGGUUCCUGGGGGAAGAGCAGGAGAUGGAGGGAUGCAGGGAGCAGAAGAUGGAGGGAUGCAGGGAGGAGAAGAUGGAGGGUGUCCAGAGAAGGAGGAGCUUGAGGAGGUGGAAGGCUUCCACAGGGCAGCGCUGGACUGCACCAACACGUCCAUGUUGACUUCAGGGAGGAAGACACAGAACCGUCUGGUGAAGAACUUACGAGAGAGGUUCCAGAGUUUGAACUCCUAACAGUUACAGGGAAAUCACUCAGAGAAGUAUGUAAGACCAUGCAGAGACAUAGGACUACCAGUAAAUACUGUUGGUGUUUUCAGAAUUUCAUAUUCUCAUUUUCAUAUUCUUAAUUUUUUUUUCUAGUUGUUUUUGGAGUGUAUGCCAAUGUAGUCAACACUUGUGGGAUGUGCUGUGUUUAUGUCACCACUAGUAGGGAUAUGGUCAAUGACGGGCCCUACAAAGCUGUUUCUUUGUAAAAGUUGUAAAUGCAAUGCUUGUACAUGUUCACUAUUGAUGACUGUUUUGAUGUGAAACGGUCAAGUAUCGUUGUAUAUUUGAAUGGGAAAUGUUUGUGUUUCUUGCUUGUAAGAAGUCACUAGAGACUAGAGCAGUAGAUAACAAGUAGUCCAGAUAAGACACAUAAUAUAAACCACUUUAGGCAAAUUAACUGUGUACAAACAGUUGAUCGAAGUUUGGGACAAAGAUCGAAGCUUAUUGAGAGAACUCAGGCAUCGCCACAAUCCAAGUGACAACUAGUCUUCAACACAAAACGGUUACACAGGAUUAGCAAGCACUGCUCAUUGACCUAUGACCAAAGAGUGUUGUUCUCCAAAUUGAGUGGUGUUUGGUUGGUGAACUGCAGUACCCCAGAGCUAUUCUGCUACUGCAGUAGGCUACCCAUGAGCUAUUUGACUUAACUUGAGUACAUAGUCACUACUCAAGACUACUCAUUCUCAUUCCUCACUCACUGGAACUUCACCUUCAUUGUUGUCUAUGUUUUGUGUUAUUUAUAUAAUUGCUGUGUUUGACUGAGGUCAUUUGUCUUCAUUUAGAUACCGACCAGUCUUGUUCCCCUUGUUUUCUAUUCCACAAGAAGAAAUAUAGUUUUCAUGCUUGAAAUAGCUUAUAUUUCUAAUUAAAAGCAUGAUAUUUUUAAAAUAAAUUCGUGUUGUGUCUCUAGGAUGACUAAUUUAAAUCUAUAUUUGUAUGUCAGCGGUAGGUACGUCUGGCUGGCUGGUAAGGAUGU